GUUAUGUCUACAGUCUCGUGUUACGUGACCGCUGUAACUGCAGAGGACAGGCACAUGCACGCAAUGCACAGGAUUUCCCAACAGCCCUACCCAUAUACCUGUAGGUUGUGCAAACAUGCUGCGAUUAGUCACGACAUCAAUCUGUCUGUACUGCCAACGGGCUCAAGUAACACCUCUACUUCUCCAGAGGACGUGCUCCUCAGUUACUCAAGAAGAAAACCCGUUGGUCAUAGACGCCUUGUACGACUUGUCUGUAGACAUCAGUAAAGUCCGAAAGCUGAAAGGUUGGGUUUUGCGACAGAAACCCGUUUAUGUAAAUGAAACUGUCACACUACUGAGGGACAUUGGUGCAAACGAGACUGUAAUCGCCCGUGUUUUGGAGCUCCAUCCUGAAGCCAUUCUCUGCAAACCCGAGCAAAUGGAGUUGCAGAAGCAGCUCUGGAUGUCAGUGUGCGCCAACAAUAAAGAUCUAGUGGGAAUCGUCGAAAAAUUCCCAGCCUCGUUUUUCACCUCUUCCUCAAAUCACGAUAACCAGAAAGCCAACAUUGAGUAUUUCCAGACUCUGCAUCUCAACAAGCGCAUUAUCAGCAAACUCAUGGCCAGCGCUCCUCAGAGCUUCAGCCGACCCAUGAAGCAGAACCAGGAGAUGAUCCAGACUCUUCAGAAGACCUUUUUGGACUUGGGUGGAAACGAGGACAAUAUGAAGGUCUGGUUGCAGAAGCUCCUCACUCAAAAUCCCUAUGUGCUUCUAAAGCCCUCGGAUGCCUUGUGUGAUAACUUGACGUUCCUACAUAACAGAGGCUUCACAAGCGGUGAACUUCUCCAUCUGCUUUCCAAACUGCGGGGAUUUGUUACUGAGCUAAAUCCUGAAAGCAUGAGGCUUACGCUCAGCUACUCUCAGGAGAUGUUCAGAUGCACUGAAGAUGAGCUUAGGCGGAUUGUUCUUCAGUGUCCAGCCUUGUUGUACUACUCCGUACCUAUAUUAGCUGAUCGCUUCAAAGGGCUUCUCAGCGCUGGAGUGAGUGUGGAGCAGAUCACAGAGACUCCUACAGUGCUGGAGCUGACAACGCAGAUAGUCCAGUUUCGCAUUCUGAAACUGCGCUCUUAUGGCUAUGAUGUAUGUUCAGGGAGCCUGGACGUGCUCAAUGGCACCAAGAAGGACUUUGAGAUGAGCUACGGGAAGCUGCGUCUUAGGCGAGAAAGGCCAAUUUUUAAUCCAGUAGCUCCCCUUCGAACUGAAGAUUAAGCAUGGAAGUCUGUUUUUGAGUUAAUUCUGACAUUAUUUAUUGCAGUUUCAAGUUUAUGUCGAAAAAAUUUUGAUUGAACCAAGUUAAUACCACAAUUCUGAGUUUAUCUUUUGCAGUUCUACAUUGUGCAAUUUUUAGAUAACACGAUUUUAUUUUCUCAGAGUAGAUUUCUGCUCGAAUCCAAUUCUAUUUUUGUACCCCUUCCCCAUGGCCCUUCAAACAGAGUGUGAAGGGGAAGGGCUUCAAAUUUUACCCUUAAGAAAUGGGACAGUACCUGCACGUGUCAUCAUCGUGAGCUCUUGCUUCAUAUGAAAUCAGACGAUCGCGACUGCUUUAGUUUAUCCAGCUGCUUUAUUAUUUGGUAUUUAUCUUCAGGAAAUCACUGAAGGCAUAUAUAAUGUUAUCAUUACGAUCUAAUGUGGCAAUAAGCUCGUAACUGCACUGUGCAUUCACACUGUGGCCAUAUUCAUUAUGUACACGCACAAAAAGACUGUAAAAAGGUCAUUCCCAGCCACUAGACUUUUCUGACAGGGUAUUCGAGUGUCAGAAUGUGUGUGCUACAAUAGUUAUUAAAAGAGAUUAUAGUGAAAUUUAGCGUUUUUUUAUUUUUAUUUUAUUUUUUUAAAGCAUGACGAUAAAACACGAGCACGGCUAUGAAUAUAUUAAAACAUGAUUGUUUGUUGUAAAAAUUUGUAAUAAUGACAAAAAAAUACUAAUUUGUGCAUCUCCUUACUUUUUAGUGCAGCUAUGCUGCCGUUGUAGAUGGUGUAUUCUGGGAAAUUUUUUUACCCCUUGUUUUCGAGUGUGGUCCUGAAAAAUCUCUUUUUCGAAGGGCUAUCUACCCCUUCCCCUUAGCCCUAUGCCUUCAAGAUAAAGAGAAUUGGGACACCCCUACCCCUUCACGUGAACGCGCAAAACGAGGGGUAAGGGGAAGGGCUAAGUGGUAGAAUGGGGUUUAUGCCAAAGUAUGCGAAUAUGACUUUUAAUUGGCCAGUAACCUGGGUUAAUCGCUUCAGGUAAAUUGCAAUUGCAAAAAUCAGUGAUCUCCACUGGCUGAGUUAUAUCCAAUAUAAAGUGGGUCUCAGAUUGUACAAGAAUCACCGCAUUAAAUUACAUUUUUCCCCGCCAUGUAUUUAUAAUAUAAGCAUUCAUUUUACCCUAGUAUAUUCAAUGGAGCAUCUGCGCUAGCUUGUCGAUUCUGACUGGCGCGUGUGAGUAAAUGGCUUUUUGUCUUGUGUUACGCUUAAGCAACUAAAUGAAUGCCAAAGUCUAUUUAACUGAUUGUAUUUUAAUGACAUUACAACAUCGAUGCUGUGAUAGAAACUGUAUAAAAUGCAAAAAAAAAAAA